AUGACGGAGAUAGAAAUGGAUAUCGAUAUGGCCAAGUCGGGCUUUGACGGCCAAAACGAAGACGAUUUAAUCGAUUUUGACACCGAAAUGGCCGACUCUAAUCAGGACCAGCAGAAGCUGGAUGGUAAUCCCGAAGGUGUGGACAGAGAGAUGGAAGAAGACGAGAAUGUCGUGAACCACGACGCGUACGAGACGAACGGAAUGAUGGGCGAAGACGUCGAAUUUGACCUUCAGGAUGUCGAUGAUACAGCGCAUACUUCAGAACCUGUGGAUUAUGAAGUGAGCGAAGCUCUUGAGCUUCAAACGCAAGAAUCGGCUGUUAUAACACAGUCGUCCAACGAGGACGAGCGAGAAUACGAUAGUAACACUGGAGAUCUGAACGAAACCACCACCCAGAAAGAUGAUAUUCUGGACGACCACGCAUCGGCACAUGAAAUCGAUUACGAGUUUGAAGAUGACGUAGAACCAGACAAACCUCAACAAGAUGUGACUACCGAACCGAUCAAUCAGUCAGCAGAAUUUGUGGAAGAGCAGGCAACGGAUCCUGUUGCUACAAGCCAGAAAACUGAGGAAGCUGGCGAUAGUACCCCUGUAUUUGAACAAGACGCAGCCGAGCAAGUCCUAGAGGAGAGACACGACCCCAGCAGCCAUGGCGACGAAAAUGAACCUCCAAGUCCACAGGAAACACUUGCCGAAUAUGAGAAGGCUGCACCCAAAAGUGUUGAAGCCGAGGACUUUGGUGCGGAUGAGCAUGCGCAAGUAAAUACGCCUAAAGAUAACCAAGAGUUCCAUAAAGAGGAACAUAUAGCCAGCCACGAAGAGGUCACCACUUCAGGAAGAGAACAAGUUCACGAAACUAUUGUCGAGGUCAGCGUUGCCAAAGAUGACAGUUACGACGUGGGAGAAAAUGAACACGAUGGAGAUGAAGCGAUCGACCCGGAGCAUGCAGAACUUUCAGCCUCUGAUGAAGACUUGAACGGAAAGCCGAAUGACGACUUCCCCGCUAUCACGGUACAGUAUAAGGGAGACGAGUUCCCCAUGUUUUCUACCACUACCAAUAGCUUUUUUGCCGACACAUCAGUUUUAGAUCAGCCCCUUGAGGAACUAUUGGCUGGUCUCCGAACCGAACUGGAAAACGAGGUCGCCACGGAUGACGAUUUGGUACUCCAGGUUGACGAGCUCGGCCUCGAAAUUUCAGAGGCAACGCACGGCGAACUCAUGUCAAAUGUUACUUUUCGCCAAGUCCUGGAGAUUUUUGAUGUUCUUGUCAAGAAUCAAGAUCCUGACAGUUCACGGACCAUGUAUACUUAUCUCUUUACUAAACCCAACGUAGAGAGACGUCUUGAAUCUCUCAUUGAGAGUGCUACAGCAGGCAAGGGGCUCGACGAAGUUAUUCACCUCUUCGAGGCCCCUAUGACGGUUGACACAAGCAUGCUCGAAACAACUGCGACAAUCGACGGCGUUCACGAGGAGCUGGACGAAUUUGACAGCCCGAUUGAUGAAAAAGCUGGUGAAGUACAGAACGGCAACGAUUUCCACAAUGAGACAGAGGACGCAGAAGUCGACGAUGAACAUUCAGUGAACGAACAUACGAACCUUGACGCUGAUACUCUUGAGGUUCAAGAAAUGGCCAGCCGUAAAGGUGAUAGUCAAGACAACAACGAAGUUGCUACUGAAGCUCAAGUUGCAACGCCCGCUGGUGCUUCAACUACUGCCGAGACGCCACUAGAAAUCAUCGAAGAACCUGAUGCGGCUGCUGAGAAAGCAGAUGAUGAACAAAACGGUAAAACAACCUCACCCUCCACCAAUUUCCUUUGUUGCUACUACCCCAACUUCUGUCUCUGUAAACCUUGUGUCUCGAAGUAUGUUGAAAAGCAUAACCGAGAGGAAAUGGAAUACCGCCAUUCUGUCAGGGGCAAUGACGGACCCGUUCACAAUCCACAGACCAACAGACUAGCCCUCAACUCCUUGCCCUACAAACAUGCACACUCUGCAUCCGACUUCAGCACAACCUUUUCUUACAAUGAGACUGACGAAUUUUGUCCAGCACGUGCUGAAAGUGAUGUCGACCCAUUUGCCAAUUUCGAGCUGGAUGACGAUGCUGAGGUGAACGAUGACGUGGCUCUUGAAGCCACUGAAGAGGUUGAAGAGACCGAAGAGGUUGAAGAGACUGAAGAAAACGGUUUCGGUGAACCUGAGGUCACCAGCGCCCAGACCAAUGGCACGAGCACGACCACCACUUUGCAGGAAGAAGAGGAAGCAGCGUUUUUCAGCAUCGACCUUGGCGAAGUUUCUACUGAAGCCGAAGCGACUGGCAAGGUUGACACUGAAGAGAACGGCUUGGACGAAAUCGAUUGGAGGGAUGAGCCUGAGGCAGAUGAUCAAGAACCAACCACACCCUCUGCCGCUGGUAAGCGAUCCCGCGGGGAUGACGACGAAGCCGAUGCGGAAGUUGAGCAAGAUGCCAAACGUCGUCGUCCUUGA